GCCUGCGCCGUGGCUCUUCGGCCUGAGGGUGCUGCUGAAGGAGUUUGAAAUGGCUUCUCCGAGUACGUCUUCGGCCCUUUUCAGAAACUAAACUGGCAGAAGAAUUGUACCUCUCAUAAUGGCACAGUUCGGAGGACAGAAGAAUCCCCCAUGGGCUACUCAGUUUACAGCGACAGCAGUUUCUCAACCAGCUCCUCUGGGUGUACAACAACCUUCACUACUUGGAGCAUCUCCUACAAUAUAUACACAGCAAACUGCAUUGGCAGCAGGACUCAACACUCAAACACCAACGAACUAUCAGCUCACUCAGACAGCUGCUUUGCAACAACAAGCUGCAGCUGCAGCUGCCGCAUUACAGCAGCAAUAUUCCCAACCCCAGCAGACCCUCUAUAGUGUACAACAGCAGUUGCAGCAGCCUCAGCAAACACUUUUAACUCAGCCAGCUGUGGCAUUGCCAACAAGCCUUAGCCUCUCUACACCUCAGCCAGCAGCACAAAUAACUGUUUCGUAUCCAGCGCCACGGUCCAGUCAGCAGCAGACCCAGCCCCAGAAACAGCGGGUCUUCACUGGGGUGGUUACCAAGCUCCACGACACUUUUGGUUUUGUUGAUGAAGAUGUGUUCUUCCAACUCAGCGCUGUUAAAGGCAAGACUCCUCAAGUCGGAGACCGUGUUUUGGUAGAAGCCACGUAUAAUCCUAAUAUGCCUUUCAAAUGGAACGCACAGCGAAUUCAAACAUUACCAAACCAGAACCAAACUCAGACCCAGCCUUUACUCAAGACUCCUCCACCAGGGCUCCAACCCAUCGCACAGCAGCCUGCGUUCAGUGUCCAGGCGCAGCCCCAGCCACUCCUGCAGGCGCAGAUAUCAGCUGCUUCUAUCACACCUUUGCUUCAGGCGCAGCCACAGCCAUUAUUACAGCAGCCACAACAGAAAGCUGGUUUACUGCAGCCUCCUGUUCGAAUAGUUUCACAGCCUCAACCAGCCCGAAGAUUAGAUCCACCACCUAGAUUUUCAGGCCGGAAUGACAGAGGAGACCCCAUGGCAAACAGAAAAGAUGACAGAAGUCGUGAGAGAGAGCGUGAAAGGCGCAGGUCACGGGAAAGGUCACCCCAGAGAAAACGUUCUCGAGAGAGAUCCCCCCGAAGGGAGAGAGAAAGAUCCCCUCGGAGACCCCGGCGUGUUGUGCCUCGCUACACAGUCCAGUUUUCCAAGUUCUCAUUAGAUUGCCUUAGUUGUGAUAUGAUGGAACUGAGGCGGCGAUACCAGAACUUGUAUAUUCCAAGUGACUUCUUUGAUGCCCAGUUUACUUGGGUAGAUGCCUUUCCCAUGCCAAGACCAUUUCAGCUGGGAAACUACUGCAAUUUCUAUGUAAUGCAAAGAGAGGUCGACCCCCUGGAUAAGAACACUGCUGUUCUGGACCCAGCAGAUGCUGAUCAUCUUUACAGCGCAAAGGUGAUGCUCAUGGCUAGUCCAAGCAUGGAAGAUCUUUAUCACAAAUCAUGUGCCCUUGCUGAAGAUUCACAAGAAGUCCGGGAUGGUUUUCAACACCCUGCUAGACUUAUAAAGUUUUUAGUGGGUAUGAAAGGGAAAGAUGAAGCGAUGGCUAUUGGUGGACAUUGGUCACCUUCACUGGAUGGACCUGACCCAGAGAAAGACCCAUCCGUGCUGAUUAAAACUGCUAUCCGGUGUUGCAGGGCCCUAACAGGAAUUGAUUUAAGUGUUUGCACACAAUGGUACCGUUUUGCAGAGAUUCGCUACCAUCGCCCUGAGGAGACCCACAAGGGGCGUACGGUUCCAGCUCAUGUGGAGACAGUGGUUUUAUUUUUCCCGGAUGUUUGGCAUUGCCUUCCCACCCGCUCAGAGUGGGAAACCCUCUCCCGAGGAUACAAGCAGCAGCUGAUCGAGAAGCUUCAGGGUGAACGCAAGGAGGCUGAUGGAGAACAGGAUGAAGAGGAAAAAGAUGAUGGGGAAGCUAAAGAAAUAUCUACUCCUACUCAUUGGUCCAAACUUGAUCCCAAAGCAAUGAAGGUGAAUGACCUACGCAAGGAGUUAGAAAGUCGGACUCUUAGCUCAAAGGGUCUGAAAUCCCAGCUAAUAGCCCGGCUAACAAAACAACUAAAAGUGGAGGAGCAAAAAGAGGAACAGAAAGAAUUGGAGAAAUCUGAAAAGGAGGACGAGGAAGAAGAAGAAAGGAAGUCUGAAGAUGACAAAGAGGAAGAAGAGAGGAAACGGCUAGAAGAAGUAGAACGUCAGCGUCGAGAGAGAAGAUACGUUUUGCCUGAUGAACCUGCAAUCAUUGUGCAUCCUAACUGGGCAGCCAAAAGUGGGAAGUUUGACUGCAGUAUCAUGUCCCUUAGUGUUCUUCUGGAUUACAGAUUGGAAGAUAACAAAGAGCAUUCCUUUGAGGUUUCAUUAUUUGCAGAACUUUUCAAUGAAAUGCUUCAGAGGGAUUUUGGUGUACGAAUCUACAAAGCGUUGUUGUCUCUUCCGGAGAAGGAAGAUAAAAAAGACAAAAAGAACAAGAAAGAUGAAAAAAAAGAGAAAAAGGAAGAGCGAGAUGAUGAAAAUGAUGAUCCUAAGCCCAAGAGAAGAAAAUCUGGAGAUGAUAAAGAUAAAAAAGAUGAUAGAGAUGACAAAAAGAGGGAAGAUAAAAGGAAAGAUGAUUCUAAGGACGAUGAUGAAAUGGAAGACGACAAUAACCAGGAAGAAUAUGAUCCAAUGGAAGCUGAAGAUGCAGAAGAUGAAGAUGAUGAUAGGGAUGAUGAGGAAAUGAAUAGACGAGAUGACAGAAGGGAAGGAAAUCGACAUUGCAAAGAUAAGGCUUCUAAAGAUAAGGAAAGAAACAAGACCCAGAUGAUAACUAUUAAUCGCGAUCUUCUGAUGGCAUUUGUUUAUUUUGAUCAAUGCCAUUGCGCAUAUCUUCUUGAAAAAGAUUUGGAAGAGAUCUUGUACACGCUUGGAUUACAUCUCUCAAGAGCUCAGGUUAAGAAACUACUUAAUAAAGUAGUACUUCGUGAAUCUUGCUUUUAUAGAAAACUGACGGAUACUUCUAAAGAUGAAGAAAAUCCAGAAGAAAUAGAAAGUCCACAGGAAGAAAUGUUUGGAAACAGGCUGCUUCUACCGUCACCUGCGGUAAAACAAGAAUCCAAAACAUCAGAAGAAAAUGUUGGUCUCAUUGUUUAUAAUGGAGCCAUGGUGGAUGUGGGGAGUCUCUUGCAGAAAUUAGAGAAGAGUGAAAAAGCACGAGCUGAAAUGGAACAGAAACUUCAGUCACUGGAAGAAAAAACAGAUGACGAUGAAAAGACCAUACUGAAUUUGGAGAAUUCAAACAAAAACCUCUCUACAGAAAUUAAAGAGGUUAAAAAAGAGCUCAGCCAGCUGCAAGAGAACCUGAAGAUCUCAGAAGAUACAAAUCUGCAGUUUGAAGGGCAGCUGACUAAGACCAUCAAAGGUUUGGCAACCGUUAUGGAUGAAAUACACACGGUUCUUAAAAAGGAUAGUGUGAAGAACGAAGAUAAAGAUCAAACAUCCAAAGAAAAUGGAGCAAAUGUAUGACAAAACAUGCUGCUUGCUGGGGGAAAAAAGAAUGUUACAUAAUGUAAUAUAAAUCAUGAAACUGGAGUGUAUGAAAGUGAUGCAUGUUUAAUUUAGUAGUAUAAAUACUUUAGUCCAAGCAAGGUUGUAUAAAGUUUUAUAAAUGUGUGAGCCUGCUUCAAAAGAUUGCUUGUAAUUUCACAGCCCUCGAUUUGUUAGACACUCCUUGAGUGAAAAUAAUUUUGCAUUGCAAAAUGUUUUAGGGUAAACUUGGUUAUAGUUUGAAUGCUAAUAAAGUUCAUCAACUUCAUGGAAAAUAGCAAGUAUUUAAUUACCAAAAGUUUCCUUUUAAAAUUUAGUGCAAACAUUUUUCAUUAUUUAUAGAGAUGCCAUUCUUAGAUUUUAUUUCAGACUAUUUAGGUUUUUUAAAUUAAAAAAAAAUCGGGUAUAUAAAUCAUAGCAUGCUGCUUAAUUUUGCCAGUAAAGAUUUUUAAAUACAUUCUUGAAUUUUUGUCAGAGUUUUUUCCCUUUGAUUUGUGAGUUUUUCUUGGAAGUUCUUACUACUGUUUUGAUGCACAGUAAUUGAGGAAAAGAAUAAGGAAAUUAUAGAACAUUGAUGAAUUGGGGUUUAUAUAAAAACAUAUUUGUUUUAUUAUGCAUAUUUUGUAAUCCUUGAAAUGUUCUAUCCCUACAUUAAUAUACUAGCAACUUUUUAAAAAAAUUAUGAGAAUGUACAAUUGACUAAUACACACCAGGCCAGUAGAUGUCAGUCUAAUGCUUUAUUUGGAAAAAUUGCUACUAGUUUUAUAUUGGCUUUCAUUAAAUUGGCUAUUUACCUUCCCAGUGUUAAUUUCUUAAAACUGUCUUCCAAUGAAGGUAUUAUAUGCAUUUCACACAAGUCAUCAAAUACCUAAAUUUAAGUUGUAACCCAGCAUUUUUGUUAUGCUAACGACAUAAUGUGGUAUGGAAGAGUAUACUUGGGUACAAGUAUUUUGAGUUUACUCGGCAUGAAAGGAAUAACUUAACAUAAAACUUGGAAUCAGAAGUCAAAUAGGUGCUAUAAUUAAGAAGCUGCCAGAUUGACAUCAGGUUGUUGGUUGGUAGCUUAAAAGGUAGCUUCUUGGCAGAAGCCUUAAAUGUCUCAAAUUAUUCUGUUUGGGCUCCUUGACAUCAAAUACUGACCAUUGAUUGUGAAAGCAUUUUGAAUAAACACUUCCCAUUCCCAAUCAAA